UCAAACCAAACCAAAAUCAACCAACAUCAUGGUCAGCUCCUGCUGUGGCUCUGUCUCCUCUGGCUGUUGCCAGCCUAGUUGCUGCCAGUCCAGCUGCUGUCAGCCCUGCUGUGGUCAGUCCUGUUGUGGCCAGUCCAGCUGUUGCCAGCCCUGCUGCCCACCCAGGUGCUGCCUGCCAGUCUCCUGCCAAACCACCGUGUGCCGCCCAGUGAGCUGUGUGCCCAGGUGCAGCCGCCCCAUUUGUGACACCUGUUGCCCCCGUCGCUGCUGUCCCCCUUGCUGUGGACAAGAUGGCUGCUGCUGCCCCAUCUCCUGCUGCCCCACCUCCUGCACAGCUGUGGUCUGCAGACCUUGCUGCUGGGCUUCCACCUGCUGCCAGCCUAUUUCUGUGCAGUCUCCUUGCUGCAGACCCCCCUGCUGCCAGCCAGCCCCUUGCCGCACCACCUGCCACAGCUGCCCCACUUGCUGCUCUUCCUGCUGCUGAGCAUAUAUGAUCUCUUCAAGAUAUCCAAGUCAGAUUGAAAAUAUUGUCUCAUGAGGUGCUAAUAUUCAUCAUUACAUUCUUCCCAUUGGGCAGUAUCCAACCUAUCCAGGUCUUUUCUGCACAUCAAAUUUUGGAAUUUUUAUGUCCCUGUUAAAGAAAUAUAUUCUACCAAUGAAAAAUUUUA